GUACUUUGUAAGGGGUGUGCAGUUCGAAAAAGCCCCCGCCACGUCAUCGUCCUCACAUGCUCCACUUGGAUGUGCCCCUUUCCAAGUACAUACUGACGGCUCGCUUGGCCUCCAUCAGCCAGAUCGUCCGCGCGUCCGUCAUGACACGCCACAUGAGCCAGCAGAACAUGCUCUUCGUGUUUUGCGCCUUCAACGUGAUCUUCUGGUUUGGCUUGUACGCGUACUUUCAGGAGAAACUGACGAUUCACGGCGACGCCCCGCCCGAACUCGUCGUCAUGUGCCCGCAGUACUUCAUCUACACUGUCGUGGCAUACUGUGGAUCGUACUUCAAACGCGGCAACACGAAGAAGGAGAAGAGCUCGACGAGCGAGAAACCGCAGGGAUUCGUCGCGAGGCAGCCACCGUGGCACGUGUUCGUGUGCAUCGCCGCCGCCACGUUUGGGUCGUACUACUUUUCCUUUCGAGCGCUGCGGCACGUGUCGUAUCUGCUCAAAGUGCUGGGGAAGACAUGCAAGCCCAUCCCGAUCCUGGUCUUGGGCCUGUGCUUUGGCAAGACGUAUCCCCCGCGCAAAUACGCCAGCGUCCUUCUCAUCACAUCCGGCGCCGCGGUCUUCUUUCUCUUCCAGGCGAAACCUCCAUCUUCUCAAGUCGACCCAGUUGCAUCCUCGUUGGACUGGGCUCCUCUCACCGGGAUAUUCCUUCUGGCGCUGUCUCUGGCUUGCGAUGGAUUGGCGGGCGUACUCGAAGACAAGUACAUUGCCGAAUUCAACCUCGGGCCGUUCGACCUCAUGCUUCGCAUCAGCGCCUUGUCGUGGGUGGGGUGCGGGGUGCUGCUCGGUCGGGACUGGCUGAUCUUGUGGCACUUACCUUUGGCCACGUGGCAGCUCAUCGGCGUCAUCGGCGUUUGCGGCGGCCUCGGCCAAGUGUUUCUGUUCGUGUCCAUCGCGGCGUUCGGGUCGCUAAGCACGAGUGUCGUGGGCACAUGUCGCAAGAUGCUCACAAUGCUCACGUCCAUCUACGUGUUCCAGCACCCGGUCGCCCCCGCCCAAGUUGUCGGCCUCGGGUGUGCCUUCAUGGGCAUGGUCAUGUCCACGGGCUUCAAGCCAUCCUCCUUCGCCAUCGACAUGAACGUCUUAGCUUGGUUGUACCACCACCGAAAACUACACCAGACCAACCACGUGGUCUAGUGUAUUGAUUAUAGUGGACGUCAGUCAAUGCAUAUCCAAAUAAGUAAGGUCUUUAUGUGGCUAGUAUGGAUUGACGUCGCUCGUUGCUUUCUAAAGUAC